UGAUGCUCAGACAGUGAAGUAUUCCCAAGUGGAGGCAAAUCAUCUUGAGAGUGUCUGUGAAAAUCUUGCGCGAUGGCCAUGAGUGUGCUUCCUCUGGCUCUCCUCACCAUCCUCUGUGGAUUAUGUGUCAAUGCGGAGUACCACGGGGACGUGGGUGUGGGCAUCUCUCCCUGGACGUACAGCAAUAUCCAGAGAAUUCAGAGUCUCGAGGAGAGAAUCAAUCAAUAUCGUCGCUUCAUCAUACAUCUGUUUGGGAAGUUGCCCGGAUCGUGUGAUUUGUUGCGCAUCUUCGACGACUACUCCACGCCACGCUAUCUAGAUCAAUCCCCGGACAUACAGCAUCUCAUGGACAAACUCCAACCCGCCAGUGCGGAGAAUCACCCCGGAAACCCAACGCCAGACCCCAAGAAGACCCUGCUCGACGUGCUGGAGAUCUACCUGGACUUCACAGCCUACGUCCUGGACCCCGUGUCCGCGGAGGGCAUCGAGCGGAAUCUCCGGAGGAGUUGCGAGAGUGACGCGCCGCUGGUCAGCGACAAGCGCAGUGACGAAAAGGUUGUGGGCAAGAAGAUCAAGUUCCACUCUUGGGGCGGCAAAAGGCACCUCCCGAAUCUCGACAGUGGCUACAGGAUCAUCACAAGAACACCCUUUCACUCCUGGGGCGGCAAGAGAGCCUCACCCAUGGAUCUGCUCUACAACGACUUGUAUUAAAUCAUCCUCUCCAUGUCAGUUCUCCAUGAUUAGGUGUAGAGUUGAAGCGUCUCUCAAAUAAAUAUGCAUGUGAAUAAAUUCUAGGAGCAAACUCACCAUGAUUUACUU